AUGAUCAACAUUCUUGGCAACUCCGGUCGAAUUCUGGAGAUGAAACAAGUGAUCGAUCAAAUGAAAGAAGAUUCCUGUGAGUGCAAAGAUUCAGUUUUUGUUGGUGCUAUCAGAACUUUUGCAAGUGCUGGAAUGGUAAAUGAGGCUUUGAAUCUCUUUUACAUCAUUCCUCAAUUCAAUUGUGUCAAUUUUACUGAAUCUUUUAAUACCAUUUUGGGGAUAGUGCUGAAAGAGUCUAAUUUCAAAGCUGCUUAUCAACUCUUUUCGGACAAUUGUUGGAAGUUGGAAGUGAAAUCUAGGGUGAGAUCAUUGAAUUUGUUAAUGGAAGGGCUUUGUCGAUUCAAAAAUUCCGAUCUUGCCUUGAAUAUUUUCCAAGAAAUGGAUUUUCAAGGUUGUUACCCUGAUAGAGAAAGUUACAGGAUUUUAAUGAAGGGUUUAUGUGAUGAUGGGAGGUUAGAUGAAGCUAUCCAUUUGUUAUAUUCAAUGUUUUGGAGGAUUUCCCAAAAGGGUAGUGGUGAAGAUAUAGUCAUUUAUCGGAUUUUAUUGGAUGCUUUGUGCGAUGACGGGAAGGUUGAAGAAGCUUUAGAAAUUCUUGGGAAGGUUUUGAGGAAGGGUUUAAAGGCUCCGAAGAGCUGUCGACUACGACUUGAUUUAAGUCAAUGCAGAGAUAGGGAAGAUUCAGAAUUAGCCAUUGGAUAUUUGAAGAAGAUGUCCAAGCAAGUCGGGUUUUGGAGGAGAUGCUGA